UUCACAUGUCUUGCUCAAUGUUUUUGUUGUAGCACCUCUGCUGCUGGUAGGUGAAGUCAAAAUGGAAACGACAUGGCCUACAGUUUGUGUUAUAUUUCUUAUUUUCGCCUCUGUAACACACACAGAGUCGUCGACCAGGCAACUAAAUACGGAAAACAUCCUGAUUAACGUGACAGCAGGGACGCUGGCGGAUACACAACUUCAGGAUUCUAACAAUUUGCAGAUAAAUUUAAAUAUAUCGGUGGGCGAAGAACAGGUGUUUGUCAAUGACAUCCCCGUAGAGCUGUCAGGAGUCACCAGGUUCAACUGUCAAGCACUUCUCUUGGACAGCAUCAAUGGAAGCAGCGAGUUUGAAUCGGGGGACUCGGUGUCGACUGUCACCCGGGUGAUGGUGAGCCAGAACAGACUGUACAGUGACUCAGAGGAAGUGGUGGCUCUUCAAGUGUUCAGUGAAGUAAUAGAAAUGGAAGGCAAAGAGGUCCAGCAGCCUGACAUGUGUGAGGUGAAAAUCCUGAUGAGCCCAGACUUUCAGAAGCUGGCUCAGUUUACCAACAUCUACCCCAUCGGACACAGCGAGAUCUUCAGGGUUCCCAGGGAAAACGACGUUGUUGUUACAGAUCCACCGAAUUCUAGAAAAGAUGAAGAACAGCUGAUGUCUCAGACCACCAGCCAGUAUCCCCUGAAGCACACAGAGACCACCCAGGAGGAGACUGCAGCGCCGGGAAAGCUUCCAGAGACUCCCCUGCGUAUGGACCCCGACCUGCUUUAUGAUGUCCGAUACGAUGAUGAAUUUGAUGACCGAGACCCGAACCAGUCGGAUCAGAAUCAGAUGGAAUCUCCACCCAAGGAAUUCAUAUCAUCCUACUCUGCCAUGUGUCAGUGGGUAGAGCAAGCGAGGGUUCGUCUGCGGCGCUUCUGCUCUGAGUCACUGCCUCUCUUCUUCCUGGUCAUGUGGGUGGUGGUGAUCGGUGUCGUCGGAUCAGCCGUCAUCGUCAGGAUCUUGGACAUGUUCUUCCCAAUUUGUGAACACAAGCACAUUUUUCACCUAAACCCCGUCACUCUAAUGCCAGAGGACGAGAAGCACAACCUGCUGGAGAACAUUGAAAUAGAAGCAGAGGAAGAAGAGAAGAAGCCUUGAAUGAGGAUCGACUUGGUCAGCUCCCUUCGGUUUGUUCUUAUUUGUCCUUUAACCUACUGCUUUGUUUCAAGCUUAUAUUCAGAUCUGUGAACCACUAUUGCUUUACACUUCAGUUUACUCUUUAAACACAUUAGCCAUAAAACAGGAGCUAGUUUAAAGAGCCUGUAUUAUGUCUUUAGAUCAAAUUCCAGUCUUUCAGGUUGGUGUGUUGGAAAGCUGAUGGUCUGUUACUUGAUUCUGUACACUUAACUCAUUGUUUGAAAACGUUUUUGCUGUUGUAUUUGGUCAGAUAGUUUAUAAAAUGUCACUUAUAUUGAGGCACUAUAUAUUUUAUGGUCUAGAUUUCAGUGGCAAAGUGGUCUAACCCACUGCCCAAAUAUAGCGUUACAGUGGCACUUCAAAUGUUAGACCAUUCUUGAGAACACAAAAUUUUGAGCCCAUUUUUCCCAAAGGCUACAGAAAGUGGGUUAGAUCUCUCUGCUUCCAAACCCCUCAAGUGAUGUGCACCAAAGAUUUGAAGCUCAGCUUUUAAAGGGAGUAGUUUGGUAUUGUGUGAAUUAUGCUACAGAUUCGUCAAAAACAUUGACGCCACUAUCAUGUGAAGCUCCAGAAGCUGGUUUGGCUUAGCUUAGCAUGAAGACUGGAAACAGGAUGAAACAGCUGCGGUAUGUUGUCUCCUGUUAAUUUUAUUUAAAAAAACAGCAAGACUAAAUAAGACAACUUGUGUUUUUAUGGGCUAUUUUUUGGGUUGGGUGGAGGAACUUUCAAGAAGUUUGUCUUACAAUGACAUUGCCAGGCAACCAGCAUAUUUCCUAAAAUGCCAAGCUAUCCCUUUAAGUCAACUUUUCACAAGGAAUCCUCAAAGAAAAAAAACAUAGUGAUUCAAUAACAAUUGAAGACGAGAAGCUUCAGAACUGCUAGAAAAUAGAUCAUCUGGUGAGAUUGUUUUGUCAAAAUUUUCUUUUUUUACCAAAAGGUAGCAGCACAGGUAAGAACAGACACAAACUUGAGGAAAAAGCUGAUGCACAGUGUGUUCUGUGGGUUGAAACAAUGAAUAUGAACAAACUGAGUGUUUUAGGAACUGCAUCCAAUUAUUUAGAAUUUACGUCCCCUGAAAACACUUUGUGUAGCAUUACUGUACAGGUCACUUUUUUUCAUACUACUUUUUCCUCCAAAAUUGCACCCCCACAGCUGGAAAAAAAAUGAAGAAAAUGCACUUAAUCAGUAUAUUUAUUUAAUCUGAGGCAGGCAUAUUGUCGUCCUUUAAGUGAAGACAAGAUAAUUGCUUAAAACCAUUGUAUUUGAAUCUGCUGUUGCCGGUAGAUCUGAUUAAAUAAUGUUUAAUCAAAAAGAAGGCAAAGCUAUGCAGAUCACCAUGUCGGCAUGUUUUGAGUCAGUUUAGAAUCCGACUAAAAAGCACCUCCCUGCACACUUUUGAAGGUUAAUAUGUUGAUUGUCUUUCUUCACGGUGCCUCUGUGACUAUUUUGGGGAUUCUGUCACUGAAUGGGGAAUCAUAUUGUAUUUUCCUUUAAUCAGUUUUGUGUGCGGCUUCCUGUUACUAAUAUUGGAGAAUGUAAAUGAUGUCUUUCAGAAUGUCUAUGCACUCUAAACAUAUAAGGCAAACUACUGCUCUGACUGAACUGAUGUAUAAUACAGUACAAGACUGAUUGUUAAAAGAGAGAAUCUGUACUUACAGAGUUGAAUUUGGGGGUGAAACCUGCAUGGGCGUGGUUAAUCGCAGCAGGAUUUGUAGGCAACAAUGGCUCAGACAAGAAACCUCCUUAGUAUCACUCCAGAUGUUUUACUGGGCUGGUUCUGAGGGACCAAACAGCUGGACCGGUCAUCAGUCAAAAACAUGGGUUUGAUUCAUCCUAAAUUCAGCAUCGGCGUGUUUAUUUUGUGUGUGUGUUUGUGUGUGUGUGUGUGUGUGUGUGUGUGUGUGUGUGUGUGUGUGUGUGUGUGUGUGUGUGUGUGUGUGUGUGUGUGUGUGUGUGUGUGUGUGUGUGUGUGUGUGUGUGUGUGUGUGUGUGUGUGUGUGUGUGUGUGUGUGUGCGCGUGUGUGCGCGUGUGUUAUUUCAUUACUUGUCAAGCUUUUUCUAAGACACCCUAAAAGCAUCAGCUUGUGCACCUCAGAGCAGCUGAAGUCAUGAUUUUAUCUUCCGGGCUCAGUUAAAACUGCAGAAUGCAUGAUGUACUGCGUUAGCAAAAAGGUGCAUGUGUUGUCUAGCUAGUGAAUGCGGUUUGCUGCUCUAUCAGCAACUUAUACAUGAAAACUAGGAAACUGCAUGAUGACUCAAAGCAGCCUCAGAUUCCUAAUUGUUCAGCUCUGUACAACAGAGUGCUGUAGAUAACACUAAAUUUAGCCUGCAAGGCAAACAAUGUAUCAGGCAUGAGGUAAUAAACAACAGAAAUAUGUUUUAAUUUGCUCUUUGUUUAAACGGUGUUUGAUCCAUGUGUUACCUUUUUGACAUCUGUGUGCAAAAAUUGUAUGAAUUACAGCUGGACUGUGUAUUUGAGUCAAAUCAUGCUGAUUAAAUGCUUUCCUAUAGACCACCCCA